AUGGAGGAAAAAGUUCUCUCGUUAAAUAUUUUGCCAGAUUUUGUUUUACGUUUUUUUAUACGACGUUAUUUAAGUCAACGUAUUCAACAAAUAACAUUUAAAUCUGAAAAUGAUAAAUUAAAAGAUUUUGAACGGUUAGUAAAACAAAUGUCGGAUGAAACAACACCGAUUGCAUUCGAAACAGUGAGAGCAAAUGAACAACAUUAUGAAGUACCUACUGAAUUAUUUCAAGUAACGUUGGGUCCAUUGAUGAAAUAUUCAUGUUGUUAUUGGCCGGAUGAAAUUCAUACGUUAGCUCAGGCUGAACGAGCAAGUCUUGAACUAUAUAUUGAACGUGCACAAUGUUUUCAGAUUGAAGAGGAUGGUGGCCGAUAUUUAGAUUUGGGAUGUGGUUGGGGAGCAUGGACAUUGUUUGCUGCACAAAAAUAUCCAAAGUGUCAUUUUGUGGCUGUAUCAAAUUCGACAACACAACGACAAUAUAUAGAAAAGAAAGUAAAUGAAUCAAAUUUGAAAAAUGUUACAGUGAAAACAUCAGAUGUCAAUACAUUAGAAUUUGGUGAAAAUGAAUUUGAUCGUAUUAUUUCAAUUGAAAUGUUUGAACAUAUGAGAAAUUAUAAGAAACUAUUUGAAAAAAUUGGCAAAUGGUUAAAACCAAAUGGACUAUUAUUUAUUCAAAUAUUUGCCAAUAGUCGACAUCCAUAUACGUUUGAUAAUGAUGGUAGUUGGAUGACAAAGAACUUUUUUCAAGGUGGAACAAUGCCAUCUAUAGAUUUGUUAUCAAACUUUUGUCAUUAUGGACAUUUGUCACUUGAUCAAUCAUGGAUAUUAAAUGGACAACAUUAUUCAAAAACAUUAGAGGCAUGGCUAGACAAUUUGACAAGAGUUGCCUAUGAUAAAUCAUCGGAAGUGAAUGUAAUGAAUGUUUUAAGUCAAUUUUAUGGAAACGGGAAUGAAACAAAAUGGCUAGUCAAUUGGCGUCUAUUCUAUUUAGCUUGUUCUGAAUCAUUUUCUUAUAAUAAUGGUGAAGAAUGGAUCGUUGUUCAUUAUCGUUUCAAAAAAAACGAAUAA